AUGGCGGAACUGCUUCAUUACAGCAAAUCGGGCGUCCAGGGGCCCAUGGCAAACGCCCCGCCAGCCCAGCACGUGCGUGUCAAUCCCCACCUGGCCCCCUUCACGCCUCCUUGGGUACCCGCCAGUCCGGAACCCCAGGCAGAUUUCGCAGUGGACGCGGGUGUACGACACAAGCAGGUGGAAGGGUACGUGGGCGCCUCUGCUGCCGCGGCGGCAGCUCUGGGGGAUGACCAGAUAGGCCGGGAGAAGCGCCGUACACCCUCGGGCCCUGCAGCCCCCUACCAGAAGGCGGCUGCUCAGAGAUCUGCGGAGAGGGCCAUAAGGCCCUGGGACCCCAUAUCGGGGGCGGGGGAGCGGGCGGGGGCGGCCUUGCUGCAGGUGCCAGGCAGCAACGCCGGCGUGGCUGCAUUCGCAGCGCCCGACGUGCCCGCGUUGUUCGUACCGCCGCCGCCGUCGGCGGUGGCGGCGGUGGCGGCGGCGGCAGGGCGGGUGGCUCGCGGCGGACAGGGUCAACGCGCCGCGGCGGGGGCGGUAUCCGCCGCUGCCGGGGCACCCCCCCGGGAGCUAUGGGCGGCGGCGCUGUUCCAGCAGCCACCCAAGUAUUGUACGGCAUGCAGAGGUGGCCACGAUCCUGCCAAGGUUGGCAACCCGGAGUGGCAGCCGUACAGUCCUGCCGUACGACUGGGUAACCUACAAAUGCUAGAUACCAAGUUCCGGCGCGCCAUGGUGAAGGGCCAGCUGUGCUUCCGCCUGAGUGAAUCGCUGUGGGAUCCCGUACGGUGGGUCGUACAGCCCGCCGUAAUGCCCCCGGUGCAGUUCCGGCAGCAGCUGGCACUGGCCUUCGAUGGUGUACGAGAAGGCCACGAGCCGUUUCGCUUCCUCGCCAGUCGUGCCGCAGAGGCCCUCCUGGCGGCUGCUUCGACCCCAGUUUGCGGCUUUGGUUGCCGGCAGGCAAUCCUUGCAUCAUAUGAUCCCCCACUCCCUACACUCUUACACACCCUCAGCCGAGUCCUGGCUGUGUUUCGGAGCCACCGGAGCCCCCUGGAGCUGCCCUGUCCCGUGUGCCUGCCACCUACCGGCAGUUUCUCCGGUUCCGGAGCGCCCCAUGGGUCGGUCAGCCGGGCUUGCAAGGUGUGUGGUGCGCCUGUGUAUCGGGAGUGGGACAGAGCGGCGGCGCGGGAGGCGGCGGCGGCGGAACCGCUGGUUUGGGGGACACCAGCGCUGGCGGCGGCGGCGGCGGCAGCCGUGGCGCCGGCGGGUAAUGGUGCCGCGGGGGGCGGCAGGUCCGGAAAGCCGGGUUCAGCAGCAGCUGUAGCGGCUGGGCCUUCGGCUGCAGCGGCGGAUCCGUCGGCAGUAGCUGCCACGCGGUUACCCGGGAGGAUGUGCCAGAGGUACACGUUGGAGGCGCUUAUCGAGGAGGUGUUGGGUCUCCUUGCGGCAGGGGGGGGUGAGGAGGUGCGACGUGCCAUCCGCAGCUACGUGCCGGGUUUCACCUACUACCCCCCCCAGGACCAACCACCGUGCCGCACGGUAGAGGAGCUCCUGGAGGAGUCCUGGAAGGAGGCUGCUGUACGGCAGCUCAAUGGCGACGUACGGCCACGUCUACGGCGACCCAAGAGUGCACCGCCGCCGCCUACCCGGAGGGCCCGGUGGGGGCCGGGUCCCUCUCCUCCGGGGCGGCCAUCAACAGCCCGUAGCAGCGGCAGCAGAUCACAACAACAACAGCAGCAGCAACAUGACCGCCAACGGCAGCCGGCGCCAGGGGCUGUACGGUCCUCGGCUGUGGUGGUGGUGGUGAGCAGCGCCACCGCCGUUGCAGCGCCGGGAGGUUCCCAACCCCGGGGCCGGCGGGAAGAAGGUGCAGAUGGGAAGACAUCACCAUCACCACCGCCAGCAACAACAACAGCACCCUCGCCAGCAGCCGGGAGACGUCGAGGCCGGCAACCUGCUACGACGACGCGACGGCGACAAAGUGAAGGGGGUGGUGAUGGUGAAGGUGAUGGUGGCGGUAACAAUAGCGGGUUGCAGCAGCGGAAAGAAGAAGGGGACCUGCUGGCGCGAUGGGACGGAAUCGAGUUCCGGGAUGUGCCGUACAAAUGGACGAGAGGCGGGGCGCCGCUGGUGCUGGAAGAUGGUGGUGGUGGUGGCGGUAGCGGUGGUGCUAAGUCGACAGCGGCAGUGUUGCGCAUCUCCACCCCCGUGCCCGUGUUUGACAGUGUGCAUGACCCGCUGUACCGCAUGCUGUUGUUGCAGAGUCCCCCGGAUUACUCGGGUUGCGGCAGGGCGUGGUGGCGGCGAACAGGGGUCGUGGCAUUGGCCCCAGGCAGCGGCGGGCACAGUUCUGGAUGUGAGACCUCGGAGGGCCCCCCCCCGGCUGGCGCGCCUGCCCGCGGGGGGGGGGGCGGUGCCGGUGCCGCAGCAUGCGUGGCCGUGGUAGGCAACCCUGCGGUGCACGGGCGCAGUGGUGGUGGUGCACGGGGGUAG